AUGAUCAUGAAGAGCAUAACCCAGGUACGGAGGGACAAUGUUGGAGAAUUUCUAAACAUGGGUUCAGCCACCCCAGCUACCAACUGGACUAACAACACAGCAGUGAAUGAAAGUGUCUACAAUCAAUAUUUAAACUGUUCUACGUAUGGUACAAUGUUCUACACACUGAAUAUUCUUACUGUCAUCGUUUCCCUGGUCGGGCUGGUUGGAAAUGCCAUAGUGCUUUUCCUUCUUGGCUUCUGCAUGCACAGGAAUACCUUCUCUGUCUACAUCCUCAACCUUGCCGGGGCUGACUUCCUCUUCCUCUGCUUUGAGACUUUAUAUUCCCUGGAGAAGCAUUUUGAUGUCCAUGGCAUCUACAUUGAUAUACCCAACUCUUUGAAUAUUUUGCUCAAUUUUGCUUACCUUGCAGGUCUGAGCAUGCUCACUGCCAUUAGUGCUGAGCGUUGCUCUGUUGUGUGUCCCAUCUGGUAUCGUUGCAGACGCCCAAGACAUACAUCAACUGUCAUGUGCACUCUGCUCUGGGCCUUGUCCCUGCUGUUGAGCCUCCUGGAAGGGAAGGCAUGUGGCUGGCUUUAUAGUUUUGAUUAUGGUUGGUGUAUGAAACUAGAUUUCAUCACUUUUGUCUGGUUAAUUGUGUUAAUUGUAGUCCUCUUAGGGUCAACCCUGACUCUGCUCUUCAGAAUUUUCUGUGACUCAAGACGGAUACCAGUGACCAGGCUGUAUGUAACCAUUGCCUUCACAGUGCUGGUCUUCCUACUCUUUGGCUUGUCCUAUGGGAUUUACUGGUUUUUCUUAUUUUGGACUGGGGUAGUUUUCAUCUGCAAUGUUUUUGAAAUGUCAUCAUUUUUAUCCUGUGUUAACAGCUGUGCCAAUCCCAUCAUUUACUUCCUUGUUGGCUCCAUUAGGCAUCACAGGUUACAACAGCAGACUCUGAAGAUGCAUCUGCAGAGAGCCAUUCAGGACACUCCUGAGGAGGAAGUUGGAGUGAGGGGCUCUUCAGGAGAGCCUGAAGAGCAGGAGACAGUCUUGUGCAGCAGUUGA